UUUGAAUUUGGCAAUGCACAAGGACCAUCCAUGCUUGCUGUGCAACGUUUCGCUUUGAAAGAAAUGGAAGUAGCAACGAACAGGUUCAGUUCUGAGUUGUUAAUAGGCACCGGAGGGUUUGGAGUGGUUUAUAAAGGUCUUCUUAACACGGGUGACACGGUUGCAAUCAAAAGAGCUAAAAGAGAUACAUUUCAGAAUACCCAAGAAUUUUACAAUGAGGUAAAACUGCUAGCAGAGAUUCGUCACAAGAACCUUGUCACUUUGAUUGGAUUUUGUGAGGAAGCAGGUGAACAAAUUUUGGUUUAUGAGUACAUACCCAAUGGCUCUUUAUUGGAACAUAUUACAGGUCAAACGAAUGUGCAAUUCACAUGGAGACAACGCGUUCAAAUAGCAAUUGGUGCGGCAAAAGGGAUUGGUCACCUGCAUGAAGAGUGCAAGCCUCCCAUCAUCCAUAGGGAUAUUAAACCUAGCAAUAUCUUGGUGGAUAAUCAAAUGGAAGCAAAGGUAUCAGAUUUUGGACUUGUAAGAACGGGUCCAUUAGGUGGUGAGUCACAUGUGAGCAGCCUAGUUAAAGGCACUCCUGGUUACAUGGAUCCUGACUACUGUUCAAGCUACCAUCUUACACCAUUCAGUGAUGUGUACAGUUUUGGGGUUAUUCUUUUGCAGUUGGUUACUGCAAAACCAGCAGUUGAUCUUACCAAAAGGCAACCUCGCUAUAAUGUCAUCGAUUGGGCUAGGCCAAGCCUGGAACAAGGCAAUUUGGAGAACAUUUUGGACUCUUCCCUUCUUAGACAGACAUAUAAUAGAGAUAUGAUGUUGUUUAUGGGUCAACUUGGGCUGAGGUGUGUUGAACGAAGUCCUAAAGACAGACCCACCAUGAGGCAGAUAUGUGAGGAGCUAGAGUUCCAUCUUUACUCUCAAAUACUGGAACCUAGUAGAUCCUUAGUUAACAGACAAGGAGAAAAUUCUAUCAAUGAGAAUGAGGAUUCUAUAAGCUUAGAGAAUAUUGGGUUACAGAAAUUUGAAGUAGAAAUGGAAAAUGUUUCAUUUGAUGGUACAAAUAUGAGAAGUUUGGAGUGUCAUAGCUUCAGAAUAUACCUGAGCCUAAAUAAUUCUGAACAAGUAAAUGAAGUAGAUGAUACAAACAACACCACCAUCAACACUUUUUGCUUCUCAUAAUUGUUGAUAAUAAUGUAA